CACAGGUGGCUGCCGCUGCACGUUUGGACCUGUUGCUGCAGGUGGCUCCGGCUGCCGCGUCCCUCUUUGCCCAUGGAAGCCUUUGUGCACUUCACCAACCAGACGCAGGGCCGCGAGCGGCUCCUUCGAGCGACUCAGCACUCAUGCAUGCUGCUUAGCUAUUUGUUAGAGCAUAAGAUGGGCAGAGAGGAGCUGGUGGUGAAGCUCAAGCGCCUGGAGUCGAGCAUGAGCUCGGGCCGAACGUUGUUCCGACUCGGCAACAUGGUGCACGCCUUCGUGGCGGCCAGGCAAGCUGCCCGCCUGUCCGACCUGGUGCCCCGCUUCUGCCUGACGCUCUCCAACCUGAACCGCACCCUCUACUUCCUCUGCGACACGGUCCUGUGGGUGAAGCGCGUCGGACUCGUUUCGGGCAUCGACCGGAAGAAGUGGCGGCAUCGGGCGACCAAAUGCUACUACUAUUCUGUGGUGAUGAACCUGGUGGAGGAUUUGUACGAGCUCUCCUGUCGGAUGGAGCAGACGGCGCGGGCGGAGAAGACGCCGGAGGGCUUGUCUCCUGGCGGCCAGCGGGUCCAGAACUUGGCUUCCCUGCUGACUGGUGGGCUGCAGCCCUUCCUCCUGCUGCUCUGCCUCACCUUAAGGAAGCAUCCUCCCCUGCUGCUUGACACGGUGAAGAACCUCUGCGAUCUCUCCAGCCCGUUGGAUCGGCUGGGGAUCUAUAAGACCAACCCAGGUGUCAUCGGGCUCUGCGGUCUUGUCUCCUCCUUGGUGGGGAUCCUCACCGUUGCCAGCCCACCCCUGAGGUUGAAGCAGUGACUCCGGAGCUCCCCCAGUGGCUUCUAAAAGAAGUGCUUUGAAGUGCUCGGCAAAAGAGUGUUGAGGACUCUUGCCUUAAAGGACUUUAUUUUGAAACACGUGAAGCCGGGAAGGCAGCCACACACCUUAAACUUCUUAGUUGUCACCUGUGCCUUAUAGUCCUUUCAGGGACACUUACAGUGCCUCUCUUUCACCCUCUUUUUUCUGUCCAGUUCUAGCUUGCACUGCCGUCUCUCCUGCCUCUGCAGGUGUCAGCUGGCUAGUGCCUGUGAGGCGACUAACCGGGCUCAGAGAGGGUUGUUACUGUUAGGCAGUAACAGUUUGUCUGGCAGAUCUUCUUUGUUGAGUAGCACCAUAAAAUAAUUUCACUGACGAUCCAUUAUUACGUUUAAGUCAAUUGGCUAAUGUCACGCCCAAGGGAUCCCAAUUCAUUGUAGUUCAGCAACUUCUGGAGCUUGAGGGUCCCUGGUCUGGUCUCAUAACAUAGAGCUCACAAAAUCUUGGGGCGAAUGAGGCCAGGCAGGUUAGAGUAGCACCAUGGACAGCUCCAGGGGCCCAUUGAUCUGACAACAACCCGCUGAUCCUGCCUCAACUAGCGCUGAUAUGCAGAUAUCAGGAGUUGGCUCCUCCAUGGGUUCGGUUCCUAGGGUGUCACUCCUAGGGGAGUGCUGUCUUGCGGGGUUCCACCCAGUGCCCUUUGUAAUGGAAUCCCAGAUGUGACUGACUACAACUCCCUUAUUCAAAUCUAUACUUAAGAGCACUGUGUACAGUUCUGAUCACUAUAUCUUAAGAGGGACAUUAUAGAAAAGGUGCUGAAGAGGGCAACUGGGAUGAUCAGGGGCCUGGAGCACUUUCCGAAGAACAUCCCUGUUGGAUCAGGCCCAAGACCCAUCUAAUCUAGCAUCCUGCUUCACACAGUGACCCACCAGAUGCCUCUGGGGAGCCCACAGGCAAGAGGUAUGCGCAUGCCCUCUCUCCUGCUGUUACUCCCUUAUGAGGCAAGGCUACAGCAUGAAACUGAAGGUUGGGAAAUUUAGGGCCGACAAAAGGAAGUACUUUUUUCACACAACGCAUAAUUAACCUAUGGAAUUCUCUGCCACAGGAUGUGGCAGUGGUGGCAGCGGUGGCAGCCACUAGCUUGGAUGGCAAAGGGACUUAAUCAAAUUCAUGGAGGACAGGUUUAUUGGUGGCUGCUAGUCUGGUGGCUAUAGGACACCUCCAGCCUCAGAGGCAAGAUGCCUCUAAAUCCCAGUUACAGGGGAGCCACAGCAAGAGAGAGGGCGUGCCCUCACCUUUUGCCUGUGGACUUCUUGACGGCAUCUGGUGGGCUACUGAGGGGAACAGGAUGCUGGACUAAAUAGGCCUUGGACCCGAUGCAGCAGGCCUGGCCAUAUGUUCCCAGUAUCCCCAGACAAAGGCCUUUGCCGCUGAGGAUUCUGGAAGUUGUAGUCAACAGCAUCUGGGAUUCCCCCUUGGAAGGAACAGUGGUUCCGUUUCGGGGCUUCUCUCAAGCUCUGGCCUGGUGUCAAGCCCUGAGGCUGAUUCCGAGGCUGGUCCUGCCUCUUCAUGGUCUGAUCUGGAGUCACUAUUUGAGGCUGCAGUCAUGACAGCUAAUAGCAGCUCUGGGGGAGAGGUUUUUGUUGGGACUGUAGAACAAGAGGAAAGGAUUAAAUAGCCUGUCCCCAUUGUUCUGAUGUUGGUCUAUCCUGCCCCCCCCCCGCUACUAUUUUAUAUAAAUUAAAAACAUGCAGGGGCAAACUUUGCAUUGAAUGUGGCAUACAGUUUGACCCUGAGGUUAGCCCUAAACGUGUUACUUGGGGAAAUCUUUAUUUCUGAAAGAGCUGGGAAUGUCCUGAUCCUUAUGGAUGCAUAAAUUUCGGGCGAGAGGGAGGUAUUGGCAGUCUCAGGCUAACCACAGAUAUGCUGGAUCUUCAGAAAUCCGAAGAAAAAGGCUAAGGAGGCAAAGAAACUCAGUGGAGCGGAAUGUUGGCAGACUCGGAGGGCAGUUAACAGACAGUCAAGUGGACGCAGCUAAUGGAACUCUGGGGGAAGGAGGGCUUGGACAAAAAGAGCAGGGAAUUUCUCAUCUUGGAGAUCCUCAAGACAAUCACAACCCCUUCUGCUUUCAUUGGGGAAAGGUGCCUAAAACUUUCACUGUGCCAUUUGGGCACAGGCUCGGGUGACACUUGCACACUUGAGAUAUGCCGCAUUAUUUUGUUACGGAUCCAUAUUUGUGCCUUACUCUUUUUAACAGGAUUUCCACACCUUAGCAUGAACAAUUCUGUAACUAAAAUCUGGUGGGAGGCUGUUAAAUGUGUGGAUUUCUUAUAACUUGUGGAAUUUCGAAAAUUAUGAUGUCAAGCUAUAUUAUGGGCGGGAGGUAGAGAGAAUCUAGUUAGUGACUUGUUUUAUAUGCUGGAUUUCUUGCAAACCUGAAUUUGCAUUGGAGCGUGCAUAUGGGUUCAGUGGGGUUGGAGAAAAGAUUAUUGAGAUUACUGCAGUCCAACUAGGCUUAACAGAAAUGUAAUCCCGUGGUAUUUCAAGAAUGGUCUGAAAAUGCCAGCCUCUGGGGCCACUCCAUCUGUGAACCUAAGCAAUUCUGGGGCAUGGCCUCAUGUUUGACUAGGAAUCUCAUAUAAAGCAGUGCCAUGGAUAACGGAA